GGAAGCGCCCGCCCGGGCGCGGAGGCGGGGAGGGGCGGCCCACGCGUGGGCUCGGCGGCGGGGGCUGCGGGGCCGGCCUGCGGGAGCGGCCGCUCGCCCCGGCGCCGCUCUCGCCCGUCCACGCGUGCACGGCCACAGCCGGCGCUGCCCCGGCGGCGGGCGGGCUCCGCGGGGGGACCCGGGCGCUGCGGGCAGCUCUGCCCCGCCAGAGCCCCGGGCGUCGCUAAUUCUCCUGUCCCGACCCCCACGCGGUCGCCCGGUGGCGUUUCCACAAAGGAAACUUGGUCGCAUCCUGUGGCGUGGUUAGCCCCUAACUCGGCCGGCAUGUAAGGAAGACUACCUGACUACUUUGACAACAUAAAAGCUGCAGUCUAAGGAACUAUUUUGCCAGCCCUCUCCCAUUUUUCCAAACAGCAGCACUGUGAUCCAGUGUAUUGGAAGGUCAUCUAACCGAAUAGGACUGAAACAGCUGAACGUCACUGGAGAUGCUUUAACAUUAGUGGAGGUCUCCCAUGUUGAAACAGGAACUCUGUUUGCUAAACACCAGGAAAUACAAGAAGAUUUGGAAGAAAUCAGCAAUCUAAAGGGAUCCGAAUAUUCAUUCCAAACAACUAUGGAAGAGCUUGAGGAAAAUCAGAAAGAUAAUCAACUUACUUUACAGGAACUCCAGAAUAAUAAUAACAAGAAGCAGCUGCAUGAGAAGAUGCAGGGAGCCAUCAGAGACAUGACAACAUCAUCUUUCAUCUCAGACAGUAAAACAGAGAGCAUGGAUGCUAAGUGUCACAUGGCAUAUUUGGACAUGAAUGGAGGAACUAGUGCUUUGCCGUCAGAAGUAUCCACCAAUGCAGAGGAGCUGGAACAGCUCUGUGGCAAGCAGGUCACAGCAGCUGAUAUUGAGCUUGAGAGGAUGAGGUGGGAUUUUGUGCUGGCUAAACUGAAAUAUGAACAUGAGGAUAAUGAAAAGCAAAGGCUUCAUGAAGAGAGAAUGGAGCAGAUUCAUCAACAGGCAGUAAAAAGACCGGCUGAGAAGAGGCGACGAGGAGAAAGGAAGAUCUGGCCAGAAGAUCGUCCACUGGAAAUGAGUCCCAGCGCUGCGAAGCUCAGCGGCUCAAAGGCGCCCCGGCGGAGCGCGGCCAAGCGCAUCAGCGAGACCCUGGGCUGUCACAGCGCCUCUUGGCGCUGCCGGGACGCGGGACACCACGCCGUUUAGCAACACGCCGACCGCUUCAGCAGCUCCCUCGGCUUGCCGGCAAGCCCCGGCUGCCUCCGGACAACCCGAGAGGGCGGCGGGCGGCCGCCCGGGGAGCAGCCGCUCGGCGGCGGCACGGCAGCGGCGACAGCCCCGCCCCGGUCCGCCCCCCCACCCCACGGCCGCCGCAGGGCAGGGCAGGGCAGGGCAGGCUGCUCUUAGGGGCAGGUUGAGAGCACGGGGAGCGACAGCCGAAGGGAGAUCACUGGACGUCCGUGGGACAAAGAAACCUUGGAGAGCUUCAGGGGCUAGUAUUACAGGAGCUACCCUCAGCGCCUCAGACAGGAAUACACUGUUGAAAUGGAAGCAGCAGCCUGAACCCUAGGACGUGUUUCAGAAGGGCCGUUUGCAGGGCAUUCGCUCUCCAUCUGAGGAAAGCUGGGUAAACUCUACGAACCGUUGGUGGUACGGACCUUUGGCAGGCUGCUUCCCAGCUCUCAAAUACGGAUGAAAUUUCUUCGGGAUAUGGACUACAGCCUACCUGUGUCUUGCUAAGUCUGCAAAUUGCACUGGCAAAUUGCAGCACCUCAUUUGGACCCAAAAUUUCCAUAGGAUUAAUAGAAGGAGGUGAGCCUAAAGUCUGAGCUACCCACCCAGCAAUGCCUGUUCCUUUCUCUUAACUAUUAAGAAACACAAGCUCUUAACAAAGGCAUUUCAAUUAAGUGCCUAAAAUUAGUUGGGCUGAAUCAGGUUUACACCUUUUAUUCACUUGAUGUAAUGUUGUAAUAGUGGAGGAUGAAAAGAGUUAUUUAUAGAGGGAAUUUCUACACUUACAUCCUGAUUAGAAUGCAGGAGACCGAUACUUUGUUACUUCAUGUGCAAGUAAUUGUCACAUCUCCUUGAAAUCCUCCAGGAGGUAAGACAAGAGGAAUAUAUCCAAAAUGACAGUUUUCAUUUUGUAGUUAAAGGAGACAUGUGCUAUGAGGGGCAUUUCGUUCUCCCUUUGAGGUUUUGCAAGAAUUAGUUUAUUUAUAUUUUGUUCUAGAAAGGAUGUUUACUUGCUAGUCAUUAGGCCAGAUUAAAAAAAAGUGCAGCUGCUUAUAUUCGUUAUCCCGUCUACAGAAGCUUCCAAAUUCUGAAAGCUCUCUGCUGCUUCUUUCUUCUUAGCAGUGCCACCACAGUGACAUCCUAAGGCACUUGCUUCACAGUUAGGGAUAGAAAUUUACACCCCAGCUUUUGAAAGUGUACCUUAUUGCUAGCAUUCUGCAUCAGAGUUUUGGCGUACAUGUGCAAAGGCAGUUUGCAUGUAUGUUACUGUACCUGCACAUACAGCAUGCAUCUGUACUACUUGCUAGCAGAGGACUGAUUUUCAUGGCUUUUGGAAGAGCUAUUAGU